CCGCACUAUUUCAAAGCCUCACAUUUCUGCGAUUCCACCGCUCGCCGCCUCCAUCGAAUCACAGGACACCUGCGCUUUCUCUCCCUCUCUCUUUGUAGCGCACGGGAAAGCCGGUCGCGCCUCGCCGCGUCCUCGAGCAGCAAGCCGCGGAGCGCCCGUGGGGAGGGAGCAAUGGAGGCGGGCGUGGGGAUGGCGCUGCAGUCGAGGGCGGCGGGGUUCGGCGCCGGCCGCCGCCGGAGCGCGCUUUGCGGCGGCGAGAGCAGGGCCCGGGUCGGAAGCCUGAGGGUCGGCGAUCAGGUGGCGUCGUCGCCGGCCGCCGUGCGGGCGCGUGUGUCCAAGCCAAUCGUCACCCCGCUCCGCGCCAAGAAAUCGUCCGGAGGUCAUGAAAACUUACAUAACUCCGUUGACGAAGCCCUCCUGUUGAAGAGAAAAUCAGAAGACGUUCUGUUCCACUUGAAUGGACGGUGUAUCUACCUAGUUGGAAUGAUGGGUUCUGGAAAAAGUACAGUGGGGAAGAUAUUAGCUGAAGUUUUGGGUUAUUCAUUUUUUGACAGUGAUAAAUUAGUUGAACAAUCAGUUGGGAUGCCUUCAGUUGCUCAAAUUUUCAAGGUCCACAGUGAAGCUUUCUUCAGGGAUAAUGAGACUAGUGUUUUGAGAGAUUUGUCCUCAAUGCGGCGAUUAGUUGUUGCUACUGGAGGUGGUGCUGUUAUCCGACCUGUUAACUGGAAAAAUAUGAAGAAGGGCCUAUCUGUUUGGUUGGACGUGCCCCUGGAGGCUCUUGCCAGGCGUAUUGCGAAAGUGGGGACUGCCUCUCGUCCUCUUCUAGAUCAACCGUCCGGUGAUCCUUACACAAUGGCCUUCUCUAAACUCAGCACACUCGCAGAGCAAAGGGGAGAUGCUUAUGCAAAUGCUGAUGUGAGGGUUUCUCUUGAAGAGAUUGCAUCUAAACUUGGUCAUGAUGAUGUCUCUAAGCUGACACCAAUUGAUAUUGCUCUUGAGUCACUCUACAAGAUCGAGAGCUUUGUCACCGAAGACACCGUUGGUGAGUCGCACACAGAAUCGCAAGCCCAAAGGAUACAUACCUUGUAGGAUUUUUAUCCUUUUUGUACCAUUGUAGUGCGCUACCAAGCGCAGUUGAGUUGUUAUUUGUUUGUUGUAUCGACAAGGAGAAAGCCGAAGUACCUUUUGUUUGUAAGCUGUAAAAAAAGAGGAAUAAAGAAGCUAAUCUGAAAA